AUCACACAUGGACGCAGUCGAAAAGAGGAUCGAUAGCAUUGCGGAUGAAGCCGAGGAUGCGCUGAUUUCACACGAGAUUGAGGAAAUACAUCGGUAUUCUCUGUCAAAUCAGCUGAGGACAGGUUUGUUUGGACAAGAUGGCUGUAUUCAAACCGACGAGUCAGAGCUGCCAAAUAUAAAAACUCUCGCUGCCAACGCCGACGAGCUCACGAAGGAGAUUUGUGUGUUAAAAGAACACACUGAAAAGAAGCUGAAAAUGAUACAGUUUCAGUAUGAGACCAAACUGCAAGAAGAAUCAGAUGCCCUAUAUGAAAAUUUGACUGACAAGAUCAAGAAUGUGGAAAACUGCCAUAAAGAGAAAUUAUCUGUUCUUCGGAGAAGCUAUCAGCAGCAGCUCUCUAAUGCUGUUCAGUUGAUCAGAGCCAGCUAUAAGAAUAAAGAUGAGGUGGAUCUGGAUUGUGAUGAUACUGAUGGAGCUGAAAAAGACCUUCUGAAUGAGCUUCAAGAGAAGAAUCUGAAGAUUGAGUGCAUGAGCGAGCAGCUGAAGAAAUAUGAGAUCGCCUCUGAGGGAGCGGAGGACCCUGAAAAAAGCAGACUGAAGUCGGAGAAUGAAAUACUGAAAGAUAACAUUGACUCGUUGCACGUCGAGCUGGAAGAAAUUCACCAAGUUCUGGAAUCCAAAGAGCAGAAGCUGGCUCUGAAUUUGGAACAGCUCAAACUAGAGGCAGAUGACAGCAAAAAGGCACUUCAAAAGAUGACAGGUCAACAUGAGCAAUUAAAAACGGAGUUAAAAGUUGAAAGAGAGAGCUGCAUAGAAAAGAUAAAACAGCUAAAGGAGCAAAUGGAGAAAGAGAUUGUAUUCAUUCAAGCAGCACACAUGAAGGAGAAAGCUGCCACUGAAAAGAAGCUGAAGAAGGCAGAAUUUACAACCAUGGAGCUUGUUGGUGAUGCAGAGCUGGCUCUAAAAAUAAGAGAAUUUAAAAAGGCUGAAGCAUUGCAGAAAAAGGAGAUUGAAAGGCUCAAUAAGCAGUUGUGCAUGUCCAAUCAGGUGUGGGAGAAGAAAUUUGAGAUUUUAACACAAAAUUUUCAUGCCAUCAAGGACGAAAUGUUUUUACGACAGACACUGCAGCGUCAGGAAGCCAUUCUGCACAAUGCUUCAGUCAGCUUAACGAUGGAUGCUCCAUGCUCACCACAGAAGAGUCCUGCAGAUGGUGCUUUUAAAAAUAGGAGAUACAGCACUGCGGCUCCACUGCCACGUAUAGGUGCUAGACGCCAACACAAGAUGAACAUCAGUCAACAGAGAGAAAGAAGGGCAGAUGUUCUCCCUGGCUUAGAGAUGUCUACAGCCACUGCCACUGCAGUAGUUUAUGGUGGGUCACUGGUGCUCUGUCCAGAGGGCCUGGCCGGUGACCUCUACAACUGCUGGCUGGCCCCUAACUAA